CCCGUUAAAUCUCACGAGAUAAGAGGCAAAACGGAAGGCGGUGCGCUGUAAUGUGUACUGUAUACACUCAAUGAUAGUCAGUCGCUUUUAUAAUUUUUCGGGUCAGGUUAAUCACCCAAAACAUGUCUUUCUGUCAUUUUUUUAACGGUGAAAUCUACAAGGACCAUUUCAAGCCAGGUAUGUACGUGUGCUCCAACUGUAACCAUCCACUGUUCUCCAGUCGGUCCAAGUUCGCCCACUCGUCUCCAUGGCCCGCUUUCACCGAGACCAUCAGAGAGGACAGUGUGACCAAACUGAUGGAGACGCUCACAGCCUUCAAGGUUCUGUGUGGUAAGUGUGGCCAAGGGCUGGGUCAUGAGUUUGUUAACGGCGGCCCGGAGGAAGGCGUGUCACGAUUUUGAAUAUUCAGUCACUCGCUCAAGUUUGUGCCCAACAAAGGCAACUACAAGCAAUAAAGAGCCGAGUUCAACAAGUGCAGAUGUUCCAGAGGAGAGUAUGAUGCGGGCAGGAGAAAGUCCUGAGAAGGACAUCCUGCCUGUUGAAGUAUCUCACAUGACGUGGACAUACUGCACCACAGACUGUAUUUAUUAUACAUUGUUUACCGAUGUAAGUCGGCCACAUAAUUUAUGCACUUUCAAUAGUUAGCCAGCACAUUUAGCAUCACUUUCUUAUCGUUUGAUGAGAAAUUGAUGCUUAUAUUGUGUAAUAUUGCAUAUUUACUUAUUCUCCUGAGUAACCACUAGAGGGAGCUAUUCUUAUGUUACUUCACUCUCUUAAACCAGCGUAGGUUGAACAGUAUGUGUAGCAUGAUCUAUACUGUGUCCAUAGCUGCAACACACUACUUACACGCCUCAACUGCUGUUCACAUUUUUAUGAUGAAAUGUGAACAUUGGAUCUUUGAGUGGCGCGUUCUGGCGCAGCUGCAGGCCGCAUUCCUUGCGGCGGUGGCUUGGCAGUGCCACUGAGGUUUCGAGGAGAAGCCGGGCGGCCUGGCUUUUUGAGAGCAAGGGCUGUCAUUAUACAGGCAGCACACGCACACAGAAAAGUGUUGGCAGUCAACACGUUAUACAUAUUCCUCAAUACGCCGUACGCUACUUUUCAAGUUCUGUUUACAAUCUCCUCUUGUCAGUUGGACACACAAACUACGCUAAACUGGUUUUACCACAGACACGUUUUGAUAUUGCUAGUGUUGUGCACAAACGCUCACGGUGUGUUACGUGUUCACACAACAAUUUCAAUUUGUGUGUACAAGCAGGCUUUGAAAGCGUGGCACCGUUGACAGCGCAAAGGUUUAUGAAAACAACAUUUCCACGUAGGCUAUUUAUGUGUUAGAGAAUUUGUGAUGCUGCAGGCAUUGAAACAUGCACUUACCCGGGUGCAGAAUACCAAACCACUUGUAAACCUGGAACAGUGUUGGUGUAAUAGCUCUAUUUUAUGACACCCUUGUUUAAUAAAUAAACAGGAUGUAGUGCACAUAAUUCUUAAAAUGGACCUAUUUUAUGUUUUGUUCCACUUUUCUGAGCGGUAAAUAUUAGAAUGUUGUAUUACCGUGUUAAAUAAUGACGUAGUUUCAGGUAAUGAGGUUUGUGCAUUUGUGCAUGGCUCUGAACACUCGGUUUCAGAGAGUUUUUUUCUAACACCAGCUCACUGCGACAUCAUAACAAGCCGAACAAGCUGUACUGAACUAUCUGCUAUGUCUUCAUUGCCAGACCAUAAAUUGAAUUGACCAUUGAAUUCUUCAACCAGAAUGUUUGAUGUCUUGAUGGCAAAGGCAAAAACGCUUUCUCUCUUGCGGAGUUGCAUAAGCGAGGCCUCUCGCAGCACACCAUCGCUGUUGGACACUGUAAGACACUCAUUUUAAACGUCUUCAAAUAUCCUGAGGGAUGAAAUUAAGCAUAUUUAAAGUCAACACUAUACCUCAGUGUGAAAAAGCAGGUGUUGUGACAUCAUCGUUAUAAGUGCCAACACACACACACACACACACACACACACUCUUUCACGUAUGUACACAAUAGUGAAGCUCUGUUCUGUUCUGUUCCCUUGAGACUGAAUGGUAUUUUUGUGGUUUCCUGCCUGACAGCAAAACCAACAUCUUUAAUAGCCCGAGGCUGUAGUUGUCAUGUGUGCAACAUGGCACUCUAUGACCAAUUGCACGAUAACACUUUUAUACAGUACCUCAGCUAUCCCGACUUUGGCCCAGAGGCAGGUUCUGAACCGGUUUGCCAGCCAAUCGCAGACAAACAACCAUUCACACUCACACCUAUAGACAAUUUAGAGUUAACCUAACAUGCAUAGUCAUGCAAACUCCACCAAGGGAUACCCAAAUGGAGAUUUGAACCCAACAUGCUAACCAGUAGACCUGCGUCCAGCCUAAAUGUACAGCAUAGUGUAUACAAGUUGGAAUGGGAUUGUCACUUUAAGGACAUCAAUACAAAUUGUGGUCUGAUUGAUGUGCUUAAUACUCAUCAUUUAAAUGAUAAACAAGCCAAAAUCAUUUCAUCUGUAAUCCAUUUGAGACGCUUCCUUUGAGACUCAAGCACAGCUGGUCUGCAGUGAUUUCAAGUUAGAAAGUUUGCUUUAAGAACAAUGGUAAAGUUGUCUCAAAAGUGCUUAUGUUACAUCAUUCAUCCCCCUUGUGGGCGACAAAUUAGCGGUCAAAAAGUUAAAUCCUAACUGUGUAGGAACCGCAGGCAUCUAAGCAGCCAGCAUGACGAGCGGCACUUAGCAUCUGGGCUAAAUUAGGCUAAAUCCUUUGGACAUGGAGCAAAUCUCCACAAUCCAUCUUACACUCCUGGCAUGUGGUGCCUGGGGCCGCAUGCACCCCGGUGCACUGCAGAGCGCGUCCCCCUUACACAUAUGGGUCACCAUACAUCACAGAGCGCUGAACCACUGCUCAAUAUGUCAGCGAGAAGGCAGCAGAGUAUUGACACCUUUCAAGCUCUGUGGGAUUUGAGUUAGGAAGCAACAAGGCUUGAUUGACUUUUUCUUUUCCGUGCUCUGUCUUUCACAAUGGCUGACUGUGUAAAUAGGAUCACUAUGGACAUACAGUAUUAAGAUUAAGAUUAAGAUUAAGAUAUGCCUUUAUUCGUCCCUCAGUGGGGAAAUUUGUAUUGCACAGCAGCAAGAGUACAGAGUCAGUUAAGCAGUACAAAAUACACAAUAUAGAAAAAUAAACAAUAUAAACAACCCAAGUAUUAACAAAAUCAAGAAUUUUUCCCAGAGUUAUAUACAAUACAGAGUAUGUUUUAGUAUGUGACGCACACUUUGGUAUUCCCUGAAGCAGUGGUGUCCGAGAGCCGCAUUCUGAAAAAUCAAAAGAUACACUGUGUUUUUAUAUUUAAAGAAAAAAAAACAGCAAGUCGGCUUUGUUUUAUCGAUUUUAUCAGUGACAAAGCGUAUUAUUAGAAUUAAUUUUUUCUCCGUAUAUUUUUUCUCAGAAUUUCAUUACUUUAUUCUCUUUUUUCCGCAACCUAAUUGGCCAAAAAUGACAACUGUAUGUGUUGUUUUUGUUUCUAGUAAUACAGAAAUAAUGUCUUUUUUCUGUAAUAUUUCAAACGUGUGUUUUUUUCUUAAUAUUUUUGACUUCCUGUUGAUUUUUUCUUUUUUUUUUAUAUUUUGACAAUGUGCCAAUAAAUGGCCCCUACCUUUAAGCCCAAAACGAUACACAAGGUUACAUGUUACGGGGAUCCUGUUCUGCAAUUGAGGACUUAUGAAUUAUGUAAAGUGUCUUUAUUGAAUGAAUAAGACUACCCUGUCCUGUCAUGUACAUACUGUACGUACUGUACAGACACAUAGCUACAUGACUUCUUUUUGCUGGAUCUGCGUCUGCAUCCAUUUUCCUCUGCAUCCCAUCCAAACCUUUCAAGAAGAAUUUUUGGACGCCACGCUCGAGCUCCAGUGCGAGUUACUGCACCCAGUCUAACCUUGCGAUGCCAUGAUCUACAGUCAUGAUGUCACUCAUGCAAUAAAGACUGCUCUAUAAUCAUUGGAGUCCAUUCUCGCUGCUAUGAAAUCCUGUAGAAGGAGGAUGAUAUAUCUGAAGCGAAGCUGAGCUGUAAAUAUAAAAGAGCGGGUAGACGGCGCCUGAGGCCAAAGUAAAGACCGAUCCCGGAGUUGCCAUGUUUUUUUUUUUUUCAAGUUAGAAGCAAGGUACUGUUCUCCAUUACUGCACUAUUUAAGAUCAG